AUUUUCUGUCAUUUUUCCCUCUCUUUCUGCUUGCAGGAAGGCAUCGACCUGCUCGAUGCACACGUCCUGGCCGGCCUCACCCUUGAGCAGACCAAACACAUCUUCCGUUCGGCCACGCCUGUGGAGAUCCCUCUGCUGGAGACACGUCACAAGAUUAUGCUCUCGCAUGCCGAAACUCUGCUCAAGAAGUACAACGGUUGCUUCAGCAACUGUCUGACUAGCUGUAACGGCUCAGCCGCUGACCUCCUCGAGGUAGUCACUCGCGAUUUCCCCUCAUUUGAUGACAGGGCAGUCUUCAAGGGUCAGCCCGGUAGGUUUGACAAGUCUUCGUCACUUUAUUCUCGUGCCUUUUUUGAUCUAGAUGAAUUGUUGGAAAGUGGCUCGGCACUGGAGGUCGAAAUUAGAGGCACCUGUCUGCACGCCGUGGAGGUAAGUCCUGUCUCCUUCCCGUUGACGCACAUCAGCCCGCAGCUUCGUGGCAUCCAAGCUCUUUUCUGGUCGACUUAA